CUUGUGUCUUUAGGUGAAGUAAUUAAUGAAAAAGACCGCUGUAAAAAAUGUGAAGGGAAAAAGGUGAUCAAAGAGGUAAAAAUACUUGAAGUCCAUGUAGAUAAAGGCAUGAAACAUGGACAAAGAAUUACAUUCAGUGGAGAAGCAGAUCAGGCUCCAGGUGUGGAACCAGGUGAUAUUGUCCUGUUACUCCAAGAAAAGGAGAAUGAGGUGUUCCAAAGGGAUGGGAAUGAUUUGCAUAUGACGCACAAGAUAGGACUUGUUGAAGCACUGUGUGGAUUCCAGUUCACAUUUAAGCACCUCGAUGGGCGCCAAAUUGUGGUUAAAUAUCCUCCUGGAAAAGUAAUUGAACCAGGUUGUGUCCGUGUAGUCAGAGGUGAAGGAAUGCCACAGUAUCGCAAUCCUUUUGAGAAGGGGGAUCUUUACAUUAAAUUUGACGUUCAGUUUCCUGAAAAUAACUGGAUUAGCCCAGAGAAGCUUUCAGAACUUGAAGAUCUUCUGCCUGCUAGACCAGAAUUUCCUAAUGUAAUUGGUGAUGCAGAAGAGGUAGAUCUUCAGGAAUUUGAUACCACUCGUGGUUCAGGUGGUGGCCAGAGACGUGAAGCUUAUAAUGAUAGUUCUGAUGAAGAAAGCAGCCAUCAUGGACCUGGGGUACAGUGUGCCCAUCAGUAAACAUUUGUCUAAAAAGUUGCACAAGGAUUUUCUUUGAAAUUUUGCCUGACUUGUUUUCAACAAUCCAACUGGAUUGUAUAAGUAAUCCAGAUGAACCAAUGGACAUCUAUUGCUGUAUGUGUAACUUUUAAAUUGGUCUAUAGUAUCUACAGAGUGUAAUUUAAACUAACCACAAAGCUUACAUCUUCAUUUUGACUGUGUAGCAGAAUAAAGCACUUGAAAGGAAGACGAGACUCCUUUUCACAUGGGUUUUAAGUUUGUCCUCGUAUCUGUGCUUGAUUUUUACCAGUUUUGUGUAGAUUUUAAGUUUCAUAUUUUAAAUUCAAAUUCUACAUUGUAAAGUUUGUGUACAAUUUGUCCUGAGGCUUGGUAUUUGGCUGCACCUGCAUAAGCUGCUACAAGUAGAAUAAAGAAUUUCAUAGCCUGUAUCUGUCAUCUAGAUGCAUGGUAAAUGGGCUUUGCACAUAAUGGGUUUAGAGCUGACUGGGAACAAUGGAAGACUAAAUUAGAAGUGGUUGUAAGUUUUUUCUACCAUCUUGUGAACGGUUUCUGAAAUAAAUAAAAGCAGUUGGUGUAUAAUAUA